AUGAGUGAUUUCUGUACUGCUCUUAAAACUGCGACUAAUAUUUACGGAGACAUAAAACUAAAGGAGGAACAGAGGGAAGUGUUACAGUAUGUGUACGAAGGUAGAGACUGCAUUGCGGUUUUACCCACUGGAUUUGGAAAAAGUGUCAUUUUUCACCUUAUCCCUUUUCUGUUUCAACAUAGAUCGGUAAUAGUUGUUGCCCCAAUCUCGGCCCUAAUGGAAGAUCAGCUUCUGUCAUUGAGUGAAAUGAACAUAAAUUCAUGUUCUCUUGCAAUGGAUGGGGCUUUUUUCAACAUUGUUUGCAUGGAAGACAAAUGUAUAAAGACUGUUAACAUCGACCAUUUCAAUAUGGCAGAUUACAGGCUUCUUUAUGUCCAUCCAGAGACAGUUACAACAAACAGCAAACUUAGAAGAAUGCUGCUAACAAAGAAAGUUCAACAACAAGUAUGCUGUGUUGUAAUUGAUGAAGUGCACAUGGUUUCAGAAUGGGGUGACAGCUUCAGGCCAUCUUUUAGCAAGCUUGGAGAACUGACAGCUAUUUUUCCAAGGAUACCCCAUUUGGCACUAACUGCCACUGCAACACCAAAAUGCAUUGAAGAAUUAUGUGAAAUUCUUCAGCUUAGAGAUGUAAAACUGGUUACCAGCAACCCAGAUAGACCAAACAUUUAUUAUGAAAUAAAAACAAGACUUCCAAAUGUGAAGAAAUAUGACAAAUAUGAUGACCUAAUAAAGCCUCUUUGUAUUGAACUUAAAAGUUUAAAGAGUACAUUCCCUGUUACCAUAUGCUACAUGGAUAGCCUCGAGUCCCUGGCAUAUUGUUACCAGUUUGCAGAGGAAUUUCUUGGCGAAGAUGCAUAUGAACCAGUGGAACAGGUACCUGAAAAUCGAAUAUUUGCCAUGUUUCACAAGGACUACACUACAAGGAUGAAGACUCACAUUAUAAUGGAACUUAGAAAACCUGAACCGAAAAUUCGUCUAGUACUAGCAACUGUUGCUUUAGGGAUAGGCCUAAAUGCUCCAAGGGUUAACCACAUUAUACAUAUUAGACCACCAACUUCAUUAGAGAAGUACAUGCAGGAAUCAGGGAGGGCAGGAAGAGGUUGACAAUCGAGCCGAGCAACACUGUACUUCAACAAAAGUGACAUUGCUGCCAACCGACCUGGGAUGACUGAUGAAAUGAGACAUUACUGUAAGAGUGAUGAUUUGUGCUUACGAUUAUUAUUGGUGAAACACUUUGGCUUUUCUGUGACUUUGUUUGAAGGGGAAAAGAAAAACUGUUGUUCUAAUUGCAGAAAUGCUGAAUAGUUAUUCAUCCAUGUCAUUG